GCGGGAAAGCUGUCUUCUCAAUUUUACAGACUGCAGCUUUAAGUCAGGGAUGGACAGUCUUUAAACCUUUGAGGGAUGAAAUGGUGUGAAUGACCACAAGAGGGUAACAAAGUUCCGUGAGUUUUUUCUAACGGAAUAACCAAUAGUGUUUUUAGUAGACGUGUUAUUAUAUUUUUAUAUUAUUUAAUAAUUUAAAGGUAAAUGGAAAUAUUACGGUCUAUUACAGCCUAUCGAAAAAGAGCUUAUUUCAUCGAUAGAUGUAACUAAACUAAGAUAGCUAGGUUUGGCGUCAAUGACACCACCGAAGAAGAAAGGGAGGACGGCACAAACGGAGGGAAAUGUUCACCAGAUAUGAACUUGUGACGCGGUCUUACUAAUUAAACUGUACCAUGGGGGUGCAAGGUCUGACGAGUUACGUGGAAGGAAAUCGUCAGUUCUUCACUGACCUGAAGCUGAGAAAAAGCCACCUUGUAAUUGACGGCUGCAGCCUGUACUUCCGACUGUACUUUAGCUGUGGUUUGGACCAGGCGAGGGGCGGAGACUAUGACAUCUUUGCUGUUCAAGUGCGACGAUUUUUUGCCGCUCUCUCAGAAUGCGGUGUGCUCCCAUUUGUGGUUGUCGAUGGUGGCAUAGACCAAUCGGACAGGAAAUUCAAGACCCUGCGAGAGCGGGCUCAGAGCAAGAUCCAUGAGGCACAUGCCCUCUCCCGGGGGGCUCACGGUAGCGUUCUGCCCCUGCUCACUCGGGAAGUCUUCAGACAGGUUCUGCGUGACCUCGGAGUGCCCCUUGUGCAGUGCGUCUCCGAAGCUGACUUUGAGGUCGCCUCUCUGGCUCAUCAGUGGCGAUGCCCUGUCCUGAGCAACGACAGUGACUUUUACAUCUUUGACUUGCCUGGUGGCUACCUGCCAUUCACCUUUUUUGAGUGGGAGAACGUUUGUGGCAAGACCUCGGAGCGCUACAUCCCUGCCCUGCGCUUCACCGUCAACCGCUUUUGCUCGCAUUUCAACCACAUGAACAAACAGCUCCUGCCCCUUUUCGCAGUUGUCACGGGUAAUGACUACACACCUGCAGAAACGUUUGAGAUGCUCUCCAGCCGGGUUGAGUUGCAGAGGGAGGCGAGAGCAAGGGGAGGGCGUUCAAAUCCUCGCAUCGAGGGCCUCUUGCUUUGGCUGUCACAGUUCAGAAGCCCACUGAAUGCUCUGGAGGAAGUGCUGGGAGGCAGGAAGAAAGGCAACCUGCGGAUGCAGCUCAUGGCUGGGAUACAGGACUACCAGCUCCCUCCUACCAGCAGACUGGCACUGCUCUUCUCUAGCAGUCAAGCUGGACUCCCUGAUGUCCAGGGGCUCCCGGUAUCUUUAGCCUCCCAGCCAGAGUGGCUCUUGAGGGGGAUCACGUCAGGAAGGCUGCCCCCUUUGGUUCUAGAUGUGCUGGUGCUCCAGAGAGUCCUCCUGAUUCCUCAGGUGGAGAACACUCGUCUGCCCAGUAGCCAUGAAGCCUCGUUGAGCAUUCGCAAGGCCAUUUAUGAAAUCCUCCUGCUCAGCGGGGCAAGACAGGAUCAUGCUGUUCAAGCACAGAGGGGUAGAGGAAGUGGUGGAAAGGCAAGAGCAAGUCAGAGUGGGCGGUCACAGGCUUCCAGCGCCAACUCUGUUGUGGAGGAGUAUGACAGACUUGACCUUAACCUCAGGAGAACCAGUAUAGAGGUUCACCUAACCACUACUCACCCACAGCUCAACCUGAUGACUUUAGACAGGAUGGCAGCAUCAGUGAGGCUCCAGGUGUUAUUAGGAACGCUGGGUGUGAUGGAGCAUGUGCUACAGCCCUUACCUCCACAUCUGUGGUUGCCUGCAUGUGUGACGUAUUUCUGGGUGAAGUCCUCUACCCCAAGGCCAAGUGUCUCAGUGCAGCAGUGCCUGCUCCUCGGGCUGGUGUAUGGGGAGCUUUGUCGGCGCAUGGCCCUGCCUGGAGAUCCACUACAUUUCUGUGCUGCUACUGCCUCUGUCUGCAAGCAAUUAGACCGACUGAGACUUAACACUGGUCACAGAAGGGGCUUGGAUCUGGGUGUGGCUCACUCUCUUAGCCAAUGGCAGUCUUGUAUGUGGGCAGGAAUUUACCUGAACCAGCUACUGUGCUUUCCACUUCCUGAGCCUCACUGUGUCUGGCUGUUCAGUGGUACUCUGCUACAUGGUGUGCAGGCUGCUCUUCGGGGGGGCCACCAGGCUGAGUCUUUGCUGGCUGGGGUAUCUGUUGCUGGACAGCUCUAUGCUGUCCUGUUAGGGGUAGUGACGGGCUCUGUUGGCCAGUCCCAGACUCUUCACUCUGCACCACUUCCAUCAGCGGGGAGGGGGAGGGGGAGGGGGAGAGGGAGGGGCCAGGGUAAAAGGAGGCGUGGUGGGGGCAGCAGGAACAGUAGAGAGAGAGAUGGAAUGCAACCUGUCACUGGGUUGGAAAAUAGGUUUGGCGUGCUGACCUGUGAGGAUGACUGGAACUAGGACUGAAAGAUAAGAUGAAGGAACCUUCCAUUCAUCCAUCCAGAGGUGGUGGAGUUAGGAGAGGACUGGGAUAAGCAGACACCUAGGAAGGGUUUAAACAGGUUUGACUGGACCAAAAUGAAUGUCAGUCUUAUUAAAGUUUUAUCUUUUUGUAUCAAGGAAUUACACCAAUUACAUCUAAGCACUUAAUUCAGGAUGGGGACAACUGCCUUCACUUUGGUUUUUAUACGCCAGGUGCCUUUGUGGAAGGCAAAACAAUUUUUAGCAAAUUCUUUUUUUUAAAUCUGGCAGCUAAAAGAAAACUGCUUGCUACCAAAGUGCCUCACAUACACUAAUGCUGUUAAGAUGCUGUCAUGUGUAUGAAAUUAGAUUUCAGCUUUUAAACAGUUUAGUCAUUAGUGCCUUUUAUUAAAAUGAAACACCUGCUUAUGAUGAUAACAUUUCUGUUUGUCUUUCUUGUAAGAAAGGAACAGGAAGAACUAAUAACCUGGAACCUGCUGUGUAUUUACAUCACUGUUUCCUAGAUUCAUUGUUAAUCAUGCUAGUCUUUUAAACUAAAGUUUUCAUUACUGGUGGUAAAUAUGGGCCAUUUGUCCGCAUAAAAAAGUUCAUUGUGAACACUGCUCUAAGUAUUGUUCAAGUAUGAGAGUAAGUGAUUGGAUAAUGCGGAGGACAUUGUGCUUUUGAUUUAAGAUGGGUGGUCAUGUGGAUGAUGUGAAUGAUAGCUGGAUCUUAGGAGGACAGCACUGUUUUAAGAGGCCAUCUGCAUGCAGUUGCAUUCACUGAAGUGAAUUACACUCUUGCUUUGUACCGCCAUAAUGUAAACAUCCUGUCUUAAAGGCAUGUAUUAUGUGUGUAGAGAUUGACCGCUGUUAAUGUGAAUGUGAAAACUAGAGGAAUGUCAAUGUUUUGCGUAGCUGUUUGCCCUAUUGUUACACCUAAUGCUACUCUUGUGGAUUAUGACAAAAUAAAUUUAACAUUAGGCCAUAUUUUUUGUUUUUAUAUGUAUUUAUGAGAAAAUUCUAUCAAUUUUUAUCUAUUUUGUAUUCUCUGAUCUCAUUAAAGUGGAAUCUAGAUUUUUACUCA